AGCUUCAAACAAGACCCGUUUCAAUUGAGAAAAACCAAAGCGCAGCCAUGGCCGAGCACCAGAGAAUCCACCCGGUCGACGUCGAGGCCCCAUCGCCGGCGGCGCCGCUCGUCCCACGAGGCAUCUCGAGAUCCGACAAGGGCGAUCCGGCCGCCGUCGGCGGGCAGUACCCGCCUUACCGCCGCACAAUCCCGGUCUCUCACUCUAGACCCCCGAAAAGGCGACGGAGCUGCUGCUGCAAGUGUCUAUGCUGCACCAUUCUCACCAUCAUCAUCCUUAUCAUCCUCGUCGCCGCCACCAUCGGCAUCCUCUACCUCAUCUUCAACCCCAAACUGCCGAAAUACUCCGUCGACCGCCUCACUGUCUCCGCCUUCACCGUCGACACCAACCUCAAGGCGCAUGCGAGCUUCGACGUGACGGUGACGGCCGAGAACCCGAACAAGGGGAUCGGAAUAUACUACGAGGGUGGGUCGCACCUGAGCGUGUGGUACUCGGGUUUCAGCCUGUGUGAGGGGGUGUUCCCGGAGUUUUAUCAGGGGCACCGGAACACGACGGUGCUGACGGUGGUGAUGACGGGGGAGGCGCAGCUGGGGAGUACGGAGAUGGCGGCGCUGCAGCAGCAGCAGACGACGGGGAUGGUGCCGCUGGACUUCAAGGGGGACGUGCCGGUGAGGUUAAAGCUGGGGAGUCUCAAGCUGUGGAAGGUGACGUCCAGGGUCAGGUGUAACCUGGUUGUGGAUAGUUUGACGGCUAAUAACCGGAUUCAGAUCAGGUCUAGCAGUUGCAAGUUUAGGUUGAAGCUGUGAGCUUUUGGUUUAUUUUUCUAAUUUGAUCGUCUUAUUUUUACUCCUUUAUUUGUUAUUAUCGUUGGUAUGAUUCUUAGAUUUUAUGGGAGGAUUUUAUGUAGGGAUUUUAUUUUUGGUGGUGGUUGAUACUAGCGAGUGGAGGUUAUUUAUGCUUGCAUUCCUUCUUUUUUUUUUUUUUAUGUCGAUUUAUUUAGCAUUUAAUAGUAAUAGCAUGUUACCAGAACCUUAAUUGUGUGGAUGAUUGUUUCUUUUUCAUGUCGAUUUAUGAUUGCAUUUAAUAGUAAUAGCAUUUCUUUUUUAUGUCGAUUUAUGAUUGUAACAAAUAUACGUUUCCUUUUUAAAUUUUUUUUUAAGAUUCGGUCAGCGAUUUGGGUGGAGAAAAUUUUCGUGGAAGUGGCAAAAUGGCACUGGUGCCGGACAACAUCCAACUCACGGGGAGACGGGAGUUUUCUGACACCGGGCAAAAACACCCCAUGGGCGUCACGCUUAAAGCCCUCCCUAAUUUCAAGUUAAAAUGGGAAUCUUUUUGAAACUUCCAAUAGUAUUAGACUGAUUUUUUCAUAGAAAUCAGUUCUGUCAUCCUAUACGGUCCAUCCUAUCCUUGGCCUAAAUCUCAUCUAUAGAUCCGUUGGACCGUAGAAUGAAAAAAAGAUCUAUGAAAU